AGCGUAUUGAGCAUGCGCACUUGUUCCAGGAUGUGCGUAUGUUAUUAUAGCAUGCUGUAGCUAACAUAUCCGCGAGUUACAAAAUCGGAUUGAACUUUUGAGUUUCGUUGGCUAAAGGUACCGUUACAGAAUGUCUGGCGGCACCCAUUUGGAAAAUGCCAACCCGGUCAUAUUCGAGCGGUCCGGCGAGAGACUGCAGACGGCUCACGACGAGGAUGAAGACGUGCACGACCCUAUCGAUGAUAGAGAGAUUUUUGAUAUGAUCAGAUCCAUCAAUGAUCCUGAGCAUCCGCUCUCUCUGGAGGAGCUCAACGUGGUGGAGCAAGUCAGAGUCAAAGUGGACGACAACGAGAGCAACGUGCACGUGGAGUUCACGCCCACCAUCCCCCACUGUAGCAUGGCUACGCUUAUCGGCCUAUCGAUCAAAGUCAAGCUGCUGCGCUCACUGCCCGACAGAUUCAAGAUCGAUGUCCGCAUCACACCUGGGACACAUGCCUCCGAGGAUGCAGUGAACAAGCAGCUGGCCGACAAAGAACGAGUGGCGGCGGCGCUGGAGAACUCGUCGUUGCUGGAGGUGAUCAACCAGUGUUUGUACACCAAGAGCAUCUGAGGAACUGCAAGUGUUCUCUUACUUCCACCGACACCACUGGAGCCUUAGCUGAGGUUGUUAAAUAUGCGGCAGAGGCAAAGCAAAUGUCUUAAAAGGUCAUCGGCAUUUCAUUAGGUGCUCUUGACAAUGAUGGCUAAUUCAAAGGAGAUAUUUAUCAAAUAUAAUCUUUAUUUUAAUGUUCAUGCAUGUCAUGGACAUAUAUGACCACCAAGUGGCGCUACUGUAACAUUACUGAAACUGUUUUCUUUCCAUCAGAUUAAAAAAAAAAUUCAUCUGGGAUGCAUCAGUCAUGUGAUGUAACACAAAAUGUUCUGUUUUAAAAGAGCAGAGGGAUUAUGUAACCCAAAUCUUCUCUAAUUCUUAAAGCAGAGGUUCUUAAAUUUUAGUUUUUUUUAAGUACAACAAAAGUUAUUCAUAAAAAAUACACCUAUUUGUCAGAAGUUACUUAUGCCUAACCUUUAUAUUUAUUCUGCUUUUUCAUCUGAUAUGUUCCAUUGUUUCCUUAUCAUCAAUGCCAUCACAGGCACGCUCACAACUAAAUUAAAAAAAAAGCAACAUUUACAAGAAGCGUAGUUCACAUUCUAGGAAGUGUGUGGCCUCGAAAGGAUUCCACCUACACAGUGUGCGGUUGUAUAACUAGUUCUACAUCUCUAAAAUGGAUCUUUCGCGGAUGCCACAGGUUACAUGUUUGUAUUUAGAUUCCUAAUUGUUAUGCAUUUUAUGCUCUUCCUCCGGAAAAUCUUGAAACACAGCAUUGUGGGGUUUAUAAUCAGGAAGUUUGCUCGAAUGCCUGUCAGCUAAUUGCGGAAUAAUAUGAUAUUGUGUUUCAAUAAAUGUUUAUCUUUGCUUUAA